AUGAGCGAAGACGACUUUGACUAUGACUACGAUGAAGACUAUCGGCGGCGGCAGUCCCGGACUGAGCUGGCGCUGCAUCGGCUGCUCGAUGACUAUCGAGCUUUACAGCCGCCCAUACAUACUCGGCUAAAAGCGCCGCCUAACGCCUUGGAGGCUCUACGGAUGGUAAAUGCCGCUCAUCCGACGAUCAUACACGGAUGUAACCCGCUUACUCCGGCCGGGGACGGGCUAGACUGGGAGGAUGCGGAGACGUAUAGGCGGAUACUGGGGAACGGAGAGGUGACUAUUGCAGUCACUGACGACGGAUACGCUGAUUCGGUUAGGAGAUUAGCGGAUGGAUUCACCACCUUCGUCAAGCCUCUUGAAGAGAAGAUGGCGGUCCCAGACUUCCUUGACAGUCUAUGUGACCCGGAACACACCGAGAUUAUGUACCUCCAAUCGCAGGAUGGGAACGUCUACCGCUCUGAGCCGCGUUUGGACGGUGAUGAGCUCGAGGGGAUGCGAGAGUAUCUUCAGAGGGACGUUAGCUGGAUGAGGGAGGCGAUAGGCGAGUCAGCGGAUGCUGUGAACCUUUGGAUUGGGUCUAGUCGGAGCGUCACCUCGUUACAUCAUGAUCCAUAUGAGAACAUCUACCACGUCCUGUCUGGUACCAAGACAUUCACGCUUAUAUCCCCCAUAGAAGGUCUCUGGCUAUCCCAGAACUUCCAUCCCACCUCGACCCUCCGCCGCUCCACCUCCUCCUCCGCCCUCGAGCCCAUCCCCGACCCGCCCCCUGCGUACCCUGUGCCCUGGGUCGAAUCUGAGCUGUUCCUCUCCCCGAUCGAGCCACUCGUGGUCACGCUCCACGAGGGGGACACGCUGUACCUCCCGUCCGGUUGGUGGCAUCGUGUAGAACAGACAGAGGGGGCUGGUGGGCUAGCUGUGGCUGUCAACUAUUGGUACAAUUCGACAUUGCAGGCGUCAUCCCAUGCGCUAUUCAGGCUCGCACAGAGAACAGCGAGAAUAGCAGGAUGGGAGGGUGUCGUCCCUGUUGAUCUGGACGAGAGCGAGGAGGAAGAGGAAGAAGAGGAAGAAGGGAGGGAGCAUGAUGGGGAAGAUAGGGAGGAUGGCGGGGAUCUGAGGGAUGGGUACUGGGGUGGGCAUGCGGAGGGACGGGGGGAGAGUGGAAGUGAGAGUGGAGAAGAGUGGGAGCCGUCAGACUGGGGGAGAUAG